UCCAGGAAGGAGGCAGAUGCAGGAGGCAGAAGCCAGGAGAGGAAGGCAGCCUGCAAGCGAGAUUUGCAUGCCCACCAAGAUGCCUGAGACCUCUCUUGCAGUCUAUGUCCUCUGCCUACUCACCUUGUCCUCAGCUUGCUACCCCCCGAACUGCGGUCAGGGAAGAAAGAGAUCAGUCCCAGAAGUCAGAAAGUGUCUCACCUGUGGUCCCGAAAUGAAAGGACACUGCUUUGGCCCCAACAUCUGCUGCGGAGAUGAAUUUGGCUGCCUCAUUGACACCCCGGAAACUCCGCGCUGCUUGGAGGAAAAUGACAUGCCUGACCCCUGCUUUUCCGGCUGGAAGUUCUGCCAUGGUGAAGAUGGGGGGUGUGCAGUCCCUGGAACAUGCUGCACUCUCGAGAGCUGCUUCGAAGAUGCGGAGUGCGUUCGUCCGGAGUAGGCAGCCCCCAGAACAUCGGUUCUCCAACUUAUCUUUCAGAACACCCUCAGAAAAAGAAGAAUCCAAAGAAUAUCCUAAAUAGCAUAAAGAAGAAAUACAAAUUGGGAGACGGAA